UCUUAAUGCCAUAUGUCACUUCCUUAAAAUUUUUUUUCUUAGAUUCUGUGGUAGAUAAAAUUACAAUUGGUUUUUCCUUGAGUAAUAAAUAAUUAAUUUCACAGCUGUUUUGUUUAUGUCACAAAAGAAAAAUGUCUUCUAUAUAAACGCUCAUGUUAAAAAAACACGUGGUGUUGUUUUCAAACGAACAAAAAAUACGAAAUAAAGCUUUCCUUUGAAUAAAAAAAGUCUAUUUAUAUAAAAGAAAAUUAUUUAAGUUAAAAUAAUCUUACCAUAAACUAUAUUAUACAGUAGCUGAUAACGAAGAAAAAGAUGUCGGUUGGACUAAAUGUUGAUUAUGCUAACCCUUACACAAACCAAAUCUUUCAAGAGGCUGUGGCGAGAAACGAUUUUGCCGUAGUAAAGCUUUUAUUAAAAUUUGGAAUUCAUCCAAAACGAAACGAAAGAAAUGUUCACGGCCUUACUGCUUUGCAACAAGCAGUUCUUGAUGGUCAUACUCGAAUGGCAGUAAUAUUACUUGAGGGUGGUGCAGAUAUUGAAGCUAAAACAUCAAAUGGCUGGACAUGCUUACAUAUAGCUGCAGCCAUUGGAGACUUAGAUAUGCUAAUAACUCUGAUUGGGCAUUGCGCUGAUUUAAUUGCUUUAACAAAAAAUGAAGAGUUACCCAUUGAUUUAGCUGCCACAAAUGAUAUAAAAAUUAAAUUAGCAAAAGAGAUGUCUAGAAUUGGUUAUUCGGAGUUAGCGCAAUGGUACAUGAGAAAGUUAGCAGCUCAAGAAGGGAUGUUAUACGUUUUAUCUACAGAUACACUUCUUGAUAUGGCUUGCGAUGACAACUACGAUAGCAAUAAUACCUAUCCCUAUGUAAUUCGAAAUAUUAAAUACGAAAAUGAAGAAGUUUUUACUGAUUGUGAAGCAGUUCCUUUUUUUAAUACUAAUGAUUGUAACGAAAAUAAAAACUUUUGGCAAGUUGAUCAAGAAAAAAUGAAGUAUUUGUCUUCGUCAAGUGGAUAUGUAUCUGAAAUGAUUUUUGAUAAAAGCAAAGAUGAACUUACUAAAAUGGGCGUGAAAUCGUGUUCUGUCAACAACUCUCCGAUUCAUAAAAAUGAAGAGCAGCAAGGCUCUUAUUGCGAUGAACCUGAAAUGUAUGGAAACAACGAUACUUUAAGAAGAACAGCAAGUAUGAGGGCACACUCACAAACAAUACAACGUAAUCCAAGCAAGCUUGAAUUACAUAUUGAUUACACAAAUAGUGCUGAAGACGACGAAGAUGACCCAGAAAUAAGUCCAGCUAGUCAAGAAACAAGUUUAUUAAUUUUAAAACCAGAAGAAAACUGCAACAAUCGUGGUUCAAAUUAUCAAAUUCGAAACGUGCGAUUUGAUAACUUUGAUAAUGCCAAUGAAUUUUGCAACUGUCCAAACUGCAAAAAAAUGGGAUACGCUUUUUCUCCAGACAUUCGAGUUACGGGGCGAAAAUUAGUUCAAGUUCAAGAAACAGCAGUUAAUAGAGAUGAGUUCUCUAGAUUUAGUUAUUCUUUAAAUAAUGGUAGAGCUACAGGCUACCCUAGUUCUCAAUACUACCCGGCGACAACCACAAACACGUAUAGUAACUACGGAAAUCACGAAAAGCCAAGGAAACGAAGAAAUAAGUUACUAUCAGGAAUUAAAUCAAUUUUUAAGGAAAGCAUUAAAGUUCAAAAAGGUAGCGCUGAACCAAUUGUUAACGACGCAGGAAUCCUUUUUGCUGUGUCGUUAAGAGAUCGAAACAAAUCAAAAUCUAUUAGACAAAAACAUUCUGUGCGAAAAAGUAAUUCAUUUUCAGACAAAACAUCCCAUAAAGAAAACUAUAACGAAGAAUUCAUGUUAUUUUCACACGAACAUGUAGUUCAUGCUCCUAGUUUUCCGUGUGAUAUACUUAAUUCAUCUAAAGUGCCAUUAACAACAGAGAGCACAGUCCGAUGCGAAUUUAAACGGUGUACAGACUAUUUUAAUGAUAAUGAAGUUGAGGAAAGUGUGUUUGAUUUGAAAUCAUCUUUGUGCGACGACCAUAUAAACAUUAUGAUGUCAGAAGAACAAGAGAACAAGCUGAGUAUUAGUAGAAAUGGACUAAGUAUAAAUAAAAAUGGAUUGGGUAUAAAUAAAAAUGUGUUGGGUACUAACAAACUUGAUUCGAGUACCGAUGAAGAUUUAAUUCUUUAAAUGCAAGCAAAAAAUAUAUUCUCCAAAAUUGAUAAUACAAAAUAUUUUAUAUAAAAAAUAAUAUUUUAUUUAAAAAAAAACUUUAAA